CUUCACCUUUCUUCUAUCGGUACUCAUUUGCCUUGAGGGUUUGUGUUGAGAUAGAGAGAGAAAAAAAAUCGUCAAGCAUUGUUUGUUGAGUGGGUGAAAGAAGAUGGAGGGCAAAGGGGAGGAUGUUAAGCUAGGAGCAAACAAGUUCCCAGAGAGACAACCUAUUGGGACAUCAGCCCAGACAGACAAGGACUACAAGGAGCCACCACCGGCACCAUUGUUUGAGCCUGGUGAACUCAAGUCAUGGUCUUUCUACAGAGCUGGCAUUGCAGAGUGUAUGGCCACCUUCUUGUUCCUUUACAUCACCAUCUUGACUGUCAUGGGUGUGUCUCAGUCUAAGACAAAAUGUAAUAAUGUUGGUAUUCAAGGCAUUGCUUGGGCCUUCGGUGGCAUGAUCUUUGCUCUUGUCUACUGCACUGCUGGCAUUUCAGGUGGCCACAUCAACCCAGCUGUGACCUUCGGGCUGUUACUGGCUAGGAAGCUGUCCCUUACCAGGGCAGUUUUCUACAUCAUCAUGCAGUGCCUCGGUGCCAUUUGUGGAGCUGGUGUAGUGAAGGGAUUCCAAGGUGACAGUCGAUAUGAGUUGUUGGGUGGUGGAGCUAACGUUGUGAAACCUGGUUACACCAAGGGUGAUGGUCUUGGUGCUGAGAUCAUUGGCACUUUUGUUCUUGUCUACACCGUUUUCUCUGCGACUGAUGCCAAGAGAAACGCCAGAGACUCUCAUGUUCCUAUUUUAGCUCCCCUUCCCAUCGGGUUUGCAGUGUUCUUGGUUCAUUUGGCCACCAUUCCCAUCACUGGAACUGGUAUUAACCCAGCAAGGAGUCUUGGAGCUGCCAUCAUAUAUAACAGAGACCACGCAUGGGAUGACCAUUGGAUCUUCUGGGUUGGACCCUUCAUUGGAGCAGCUCUUGCUGCAAUUUACCACCAGAUGGUCAUCAGGGCUAUUCCUUUCAAGACCAGAGCUUGAAAAGAUGAAUCAUCAGGUCUUGCAUAGUUUCUUCUACGUAUUGUUCUCUUUUUCUGCCUCACUUCUUUGUUUGCUUCUCUCACUUCCUUUGUGUCAAUGUGUGUAAAUUAUCUAGUGUUAUGCUGUACUGAGUUCAUUAAACUUAUCAAUGGAGGAUUCCUUUUCUCUCUUUC